GAAAACAAACCUUAACCAACCACCAAAGACAGUACACAAUCACAGUGGUGUCACACCGUUGCCUUCCUUCUGUUUUUUGUGAGCCACUAAAGUGGAGAAUGGUUCAUCCUCUGGCAACUUAAUAUUUAAUUUAAUAUCCUGAAAGGUGGCGUUCUUGGCCCUUCUCUCCUUUUCCUUGUAAACAAACAGCUGCAUCUCCAGUCACCAGUCCUGUGACGUUUGCAGAUGACACCGCCCUCAUGGGACUCAUCUCUGGUGGGGAUGAGUCCGCCUGCUGGUCGGUAAGUGACCAUCUGGUGACCUGACUAAACAACUUAGAGCUCAACACUAAAGACAGUGAAGAUGGUUGUGGAUUUCCUGAAGAACGCAGCUCCCCCUGCCCCCAUCACCCUGUGUGACUCCCCGUCAACACUUUGGAUUCCUUCUGCUACCUGGGUUCGACCAUAACGCAGAGGGAUAAGCACGGGAUGUUCUUCCUGAGGCAGCUGAAGAAGUUCAACCUGCCAAAGACAAUGCCUGUGCUGUUCUACACUGCCACCAUGGAGUCCAUCCUCUGCCCCCCCAUCACCGUCUGGUACGCUGCAGCCACUGCUGAGGACCAGGCCAGACUGCAGUGCAUCAUCCGCUCUGCUGAGAGGGUGAUUAGCUGUAAUAUACCUUCCCUACAUGACUUCUUUGCUUCAAGGACCCUGAAGUGGGCAGACCUGCUGACAAGUCUGCAAAACUGUGUGAUCACCGAGGACCAAGCACCUGGAAAUGUCAGCCGAACACUCAGCCUCUUUCUUGAUAAACUCUCUGAAUCCUCCAGGAGUAUUGGGAAAAGAUGUAAGGAGCGCUGUUUAGAGGAGGCUGUCCAGCUGCUGAGGCUCAUUUCAGAGGCUCAGCUUCAUGUUUUAGAAGAGAGUCAUCUCCUGCUCCUCGUCAGACUCCUCAUCGCCAUGCAGCUGCAGAUGGCCAACAUCUCCACAGCCUGUCGUAAAGUGGACCAGAUGUUGCAGCAUUUGGCAAAGGUGGCCCACCAAUUAGUUUUUAGAGAAACUCAUCACUGUUUACACUCCAUAGUUCAGACUGACCAGGUAUUGUCUUUUGAGGAUCUGCAGAGAGCCUGUAUGUUCCUGGAAGACAGCACUGUUGGGCGUGAAGUGUGGCGAGAGUGUUUGCUGUCUUUGCUGAAGAAGAUGUCCGAGUUCUUCCUGGUUGUUUUGCAACAAGAAAUCCUGAGAGAUGGACCGCUGGGUUACAUUGCGGUCAAGAUGUGUUUGCAAAUAUUCCAGCUGUUGCCCAGUGAAGUUGCUCCUCUCGUGUGGUCAGAGGAGCACAGCGACCCGACAGUCCAGAACAUCCUCCAGGCUCUUAUGGACAUUAUACUUGGACAGUGCAGCAACCGGGACACUUGUCUUUUGGCAGGCACCGCUGUGGCCAUGCUGAUCAACACUGGAGCAGAGAGCAGAGCUGCAGAGGCUGCGGCCUGGAGUCUGCUGCAGGUCUCUGACUUAGAGCCCUGGCUGCUGACUGUUGGUGCUCUGCAGGUACAGUGCUGCCCGACGGGGAAGGACGGGUUGGACAGGCUGGCUGUGAGCAGGGGCCUCCUGACCUGCUGUCGACGUAGCAUCCUGCUCAGUUCACAUGCGGAUGCCACACAGGCGUGUUUCCUGCUGAAAGGUUUGUUUCCUCUGGUGUAUGCGCUGUGUGAGGAGAAGCUGGAUUGUCACUCCUCUGCGUUUGAAGCACUAACACAGUGGCUGAAGAGAGUUAAAGAAUGUCUGGCUGACAUCUUGAAGAUGACGGGCACGCGGCUUCUGCCCGACGACAGCAGCCUGCAGCAGCAGCUCGUUCACAUUAUCUGGACCAACUCCGAAAGCCCCGUGGAAGGCGUGUCAGAGUUUGUGCGCAGUGCUUUUUGUCUCCUGCUGGACGUCUACACGAUGGACUGUGAGCAGUGCUGUGACACAGAGAGGACUCUUUAUUUCACUCUACUUCAGCGAAUAAUCAAACUACCGUGGGAAUCCAAAGCCAAAUACCAUCGCCUUUGUGCCCUGCUGCCUUAUAUGGGAACUGACACGGUGCUGGAUCAAUAUGCUGAAAUACACAACCAUCUCCUGAAGUGCUGGUCGACCAAUCACCUGUCACCGUGGGGAUCAGAGCUUUACAAAUGUCUGAUCCAGCAGCAGCGGCGAGAGCUGUGCGCCGCCUCGCACACCGAGCUGGAUCUGGCCAAUCAGUGGGCGAGGCGCUGGCGGUCCGUCCUUCAUGAGGCGCUGAUGUCAGAUGUGGCUCUUCUACAGAACAGCAGCUCUACACACUUAUUGCCCUACACCUUUCAAGUCUUCCCCUCUGCGGUGGAUCCUCUGCUGGACUCUCUGGACCCAUUCUCCCCUGGCCACCUCCACGCCUGGGCCUGCAUCGUGAGCUCCUAUCGAGCCACGACUGGAGGCUCUCCCUGGGCUGUGCAGGGCAGCUCCACCCAUGAAACCCUCCAGCUCGCUCUCGGAUCUGCAGAUGACAAAGUCCGCCUCGCUGCUCUACACCUCCUCUGCUGCAGCCCAAAGACCAAAGACACGCCAACCACAGAGGAGAUGUCCAUAAUGAGAGUGUUUAUUCCUCAGAACCUAAACUGUGAGUCUUCACCUUUUCGCCAACAUGUUCAGGCUGGAGUGAAGCGGUUUCUGGUUCGUAUUAGAGACGGUUGCUUGGCACAUGUCAGAGGACAGAAAGGCCAAAAGAAAGGAGAUGCCACUCACUCAAAGAGGGCACAGCACGAACUGGAGCAGGGAAUAGGUUUCGUUGACUGGUUGGGUCAACUUCCAUACAGCUAUCUGGCACCAGGACACAGCUUUCAGAGUAAGAAGACUGCGUUGCUGUUGCUGUGCGCAGUGCUGGAGACCUGCACGGACACCUGGAGCCCAGAGAAAAGGAAGGGACAACCUCCUGUGAAUAUGGGGUCUCUUCUUGACUGCGCCAGACAAAGAGGACAGUGGGAUUUUGUCUGCAGGACAAAACAGCUGAUCCUCGUCAGCUGUCUAGAAGAUUCUACAAAUGAGAUUCGGGAGCUCUCCGCUGGGUUAUUGUUGAGGUUUUUCCCAAACAGUUUCCCGGAUGACAUCGCUGCAGUGCUUCUUGUGCGGACCAGACAGCUUCUGUGCAGUCCUCGAGUGCAGGAGGCUCAGAUGGGGGCACUGAUGACGAAGGUCCUCCUUCAGAAAUCCCAAGGCCAGCCUGAGGGCUGCAGGUUGAACGGUAACAUUGCUGUUAGCAGUGGGAGGAGCCCCAACUCCUCCUGCAUGGUGACAUUCCUGGUGAAGGAGUUGGAGGAGCAUUAUCUGACAGCCAAGGCUGACAUGAUGCUUGCUGCCAGAACCAAGCCAAUACAUGGUGUUCUCAGUGCCCUCCAGAGGUGUUUGCUUGAGACCCCCAAUAGUGUCUAUGACACACUUGACUACAGUCUGACCAUUGAGGUGCUGGUCCUGCUGGAGAACUUGUCUCUGCUGCUGCUGGGUGUGCUGUACGGAGACCAGGAUGCAUGUGCCACUGACGAGGAUGCCCCCCCUUCGCUUUAUGAUAUGGGAAACGCCAUCAGCUCUCUUAUCGCCCAAGAGUGUGGAGGAGGCCAAGAGGAUGGGGAGGAGUGUGUCCUGCAAUCUGAGGAGCACAGUCUUGUUCUCACCUGCUGCUGGGUCUCCCUCAAGGAAGUAGGAAACCUUCUAGGUUCUCUGGUGGAGAAGAUUCUCACCGAAUCCAAACCCAACAAGUGCCUCCUAACAAAAGAGGAUCUAACGAGAGCAUCAAAAGUGUUCAAGAAUAUUCUUCUCAAAUGCCGUCACUGGGGGGCGGUAGAGGGAUGCUGUCCGGGCUUCACCAAGUUCUGUGCCUCUCUGUUGAGCAGCCAUGAUCCAGAGCUUGGUGAUAUACCAGCCCGCAUGCUGAAACAAGGCUUGCAGGUUGUGCGGUCUCCUCGCUCUACCUCGGUGACCCGGCGGGCUGCAGGGCUGCCCAUGCUCAUCCUGUGUGUUGUGUCAGCAGAGGAGGCGAGUAAAGCCAGGCCACUGUUAGCCCACAGUAUGCAAACCUUACUGGAGACAGCCAAAACCCCUCUGCCCGAGAACUGGGACCAAACGCUGGACCUGCCACAGGUGUGUGCGGUUCACACUCUGCAGGCCCUGGUCCGUGGUUCUGGUCUGGGAGUAGCUGUCCUUCAGUUCGCUCCGGCUGUAGCCAUCCUGUCACUCACCCUGCUCAGCUCUCCCUUCUGGGCCAUGAGGAACGCUGCUCUGCAACUUUACAGCUCUCUGUGCUCGCGGAUGCUCGGCCAGCGGCCCAGCAGUGAGGACGGGGGCUCCACCCAGCACGGCAUGUCCCCCCGCGCCUUCUUCUUCCACUACUCUGCGCUUCAGCCCUUCCUCCUGGGCGAGCUGAGAGGGGCAGCUCGAGACCUCCAGGGUCCAUCCAAUGAGGCCAAGCUUCACCUCCAACCCUCGCUCUUUCCUGUCCUCACUCUGUUAGCCCAACUGCAGCCGGGCGUCCAAGACUCAACCGAAACGUUGUCGGACUUCCUGCCUCCUUUGCUCCAGCUGUCAGCCAGUCCUAUUUACAGUGUGAGAGUGAUGGCCUCGAAGGCUUUGGUUGCCAUGACACCGCCCUCAGACUACAUGGCCAUCCUCAUCAAGCUGACGGCUCAGCUGCCCCGUCCACAGGAGCGCUGCGGCCACAACCGGCUCCACGGACAGCUGCUGCAGAUCCGAGCGACUCUGGAGAGAGCCCUCUGCGCAGUCAGUGACCCUUCAGCUGACCUGUGCGAGGUGCUGAGCAGAGUGGAGGCCUCGAUGUGGCUGGUGACUGAAGCUCAACGCUGCCCCCUAGUGAGAGCGGCCUACCUCGGGGUGGCAGCCUCACUCAGGAGACUCUGCUGUGAGGCCUUCCUGUCACAGCUCAGGUCCACACUCCGCCAUGACCUCCUCACCCCUCAACCGGAGCGUCAGGUCGGGUUGCCAUCCUUCCAUCAACAAGCCAUCCAAUUUCUAUGUGCAGAUCUAAAGUGUGCAGGUCAAAUGUGGGACAACUUCUCGGCGUCGAGCCCUGAUCUGAGGCUCUCGCUGGUCACGUGGGUGGUGGAUGAGCGGCGGGGGCCACAGCAGAGCGGCUUGAAAGAGGUGAUCCAGAGGGUGCUGCAGUCCAACCUGAGGGAGGCUUUGCUGAGCGGCAGUGUGGAGUACCGCAGGACCUUCCUCACAGCUCUGGUCACAGUGAUGGCCGUAGGCGAGUGUACGUUGCCUCGACAUGUUCCCCCGUCGGCCCCAUUGGAGGAGCCAGUUCUAUUGGAGUGUCUGGAUUUGUUGCUUGAGGACUUGGAGGACCAGCGAGGGGGGCCAGAGUUUCUAUCCCAGGCUCUGUAUGCUGCUAGUCUGCUGCUUUCCCAGGCUUCAGGCUCCAGUGUAAAGAUAUCCGUGUUCCACCGCUGGUGUAGCAUCUUGGAGCGCCACCGAUGCCCAGACGCACCUGAAGUGCUCAGGAUGGCGUGCGCUGACGCUCUAUGUGUGGCUGGAGUUCCUCUACAGAGCCACAGCGCUCUGCCGGCCAUCGUGAGCAGGUCGAUCAACACCGGCCUCUACUUGCUGCAGGACCAAAGCCAGCAGGUGAGGAUGAAAGCGGCCCGUUUCACCUCCACGCUGCACCACGUGAGAACAGGAGGAAGCCAAAGGAGCGUCUACCUGAUGCAGGUUAACCAGGCUUUACCGCUCCUACUGGACCUGCUGCUGGAGGAAUGCUGGGAUACUCCUGGCACACUAGAGGUGCUGCUGUGUCACCUGCCGCAGGCUGACCUCAGAUCUGUGCUGAGAGAGGCUUCAGAGACGGGGCGCUCCAGUCUGUACGAGCAGGAUGAGGCCAACGUGUUUGCAGAGCCCUCCGUGAUGGCUGCACAUGUGCUGCCUUACCUGCUGCACAUGGCGGAAAAAUCCUCUGAAUCCUCGGCUGUGGCGCAGCGGCUGAGCGCAUGGGCCGAGGAGAGCGCUGCACAGGUUCGAGGCGGCCUCGCAGUCUGCAAAGAGCUCCAGCCAGGUGACUAUAAGAAGAGGGUUGAUGGAAAUCACAUUCAAAAUUACCAAAGCAAAUAUUUAUCCUCAUCAGCUGAGACAUUGACCCCGGCCUGGCUGGCGCUCCUCGUGGACCCCCGUUUCCACGGCAACCUGUGCGGCCUGGUUACCAGGGCUGCCUUUCUCCUCCGGCUGUCGAAUACGUCUGACGACGUGCGGCGCCUUUGUGAUCCUUCGGCGCUGCAGGCGAGUUUACAGGACGUCUGUAAUCUACUCUGUCAGAGCGGUGUCCACUUUCACUCGGCUGUAACAGCUGCUGUGGCUGGAGAGCUGCGACGGAACAAAGACGAUGAGGCCCGGGAUGAAAACACCUGCUGAAUGACAUCCUAAUGUGCAGCCUCACUCUUGAAUGAGUAGUUGAACUGCUGAUGCUGCAGAACACCAGCGCUGAGCAGGCUGACUAAAGUGAGAGCUCAGUGGCUGCAGUCCAGGAAGAGACCCAGUGGCCAUUAGGUGCCAUGUUCCUGAGAAGAUCUAUACUUGUGUUUUUUUCUACAAUGCUUUAAAUAAAAGUUCAUAACGUUG